AUGGAGGUAGAAAAUGAAGCCAGCUGCUCUGCGGGAGCAUCAGGAGGGUCCAGAGAGUACAAGGUGGUGAUGCUGGGAGCAGGGGGAGUUGGUAAAAGCGCAAUGACAAUGCAGUUUAUUAGUCAUCAGUUCCCUGAUUAUCAUGAUCCUACAAUAGGUGAUGCUUUCAAGUUGAAAUGCUUAAUCGAUUGUAGCAUGGCAAACUUUAAUGUAUUAAACACCUAUGGGACAGCAGAAUUCACAGCUAUGAGGGAGCAGUAUAUGCGAGGUGGAGAAGGUUUCAUCAUCUGCUACUCCAUCACUGACCGCCAGUCAUUCCAGGAGGCAGCCAAGUUUAAAGAACUCAUUUUCCAGGUCCGCCACACCUAUGAAAUUCCUCUGGUGCUGGUGGGCAACAAAAUUGACCUGGAACAUUUCCGCCAGGUGUCUACAGAAGAAGGUUUGAGUCUGGCCCAAGAAUAUAACUGCGCUUUUUUUGAGACCUCUGCAGCCCUCAGAUUCUGUAUCGAUGAUGCUUUUCAUGGCCUAGUGAGGGAAAUCCGAAAGAAAGAGUCCAUGCCCUCCCUGAUGGAUAAGAAAUUGAAGAGAAAAGACAGCCUGUGGAAGAAGUUAAAAGGCUCACUGAAGAAGAAGAGAGAAAGCCUGACAUGA